AUGGGCGAAAUGGCACCUCGGGUCGCGGAGCUGGAGGCUUUGCGAGCAACGUAUUGUCCACCACUCGACGAGGCCCUGUUCCAUGCGAUAGCAUCGGAUUAUACGCUUCCCCAGAAUAAAGGAGCGUUGGUCGCAGUUCUCGAUGACUUGGCAGUCGGCGCGUUGGAGCAAGAAGACACAGAAUUUGAUCCGUCAGGUACCGACGCUACCACGCAAGUCAGAGAUACAACCAACACGUCUAGGUCGAGCCCGGAGGAAUCCUUUUCAAACGGUGUGACGAGCAUAACGACUUGCCCAUCUGAGCCGAGAUCGAGCGACGCAGACAGUCUAGGGCAUGGUCUGCACAACUCUUCCGAGGGGCAGAAGACGACAUGGCUGGAGAACAUGUUCCCAGGCAUACCGAGGCGCGAGUUAACCAGUAUCCUCGCUAGUCACGACGGUUCACUGGACAAGGCCACUGAUGAGUUACUCAAUCUUUCAUUCCUCAAGCAAGGAUAUGAAGAAGAGACCGAAGAAUUGCCUGCGCCCAAGGGCGUCGAUGGCUUCGCAGCAGAAAUGCAGUCGUCCCGUAAAAGCCGGAAGAGACGCAAACCCCGGACGAACGAUUCGUCACGCGGAAGCUCGGCUUCGUCGUCACUGCACAAGUCGGAACACACUCCAGUAAAUGUCUGGUCUACGAUGUCCGAGGAUGUGGAGUUUAUCUGCUCGAGAACGAAACUCCAUCCCCAGACAGUACGAUCGGAAUACCAUUUGAAUGGUGCCCGAUUAUCAAGUACGAUUCGUGCGUUGGCUGCUAAAGAAGCGGCCGAACACAACAGAGUUUCGGACACCAACCACAUCCUCGACCUUCAAAUCGCCGAAUUUCAGCAUCGAUAUGAGCAUGUGCCAGUAUCGCAACUGUGCGGUUUGCUCUCGCUGGCACGGAACAUUCCGUCGGCGGCCCAAGAACUGCUGGAAGCCAUGACCGUUGUCGACGACACGACUAAGCCUGGCAAGCUGUAUGAUGUUGCCCAGUACACCCCCAUUGACCUCAAAGAGAACCAGCCAUUCGAGACGCCAUCAGGCUCGAAGUGGACUUCUGUCACUGCGCAGCCUCGUGCGUCUGCAGCGUCCCAAAGAAUAGGCGCCGGUCAGAAGUUCGGCCAAGCAUCUGCUGCAUACAAGAAAAGCAAGUCUAACCCGCUUUUUGGGGGAGCGGCAGCAUACUACGCUGAGGUGGCCCACGAGCAACUGAAAGCGGCCAAGGAAGCACAUGCUGCAGAAGCAGAUGCCCUAGUGUCAAAUCAGUCUUCGGCAAAUGUGCUGGACCUUCAUGGUGUGAGUGUGCAAGAUGCCGUCCGCAUUGCCAGCGCAAAAACCCAAAGCUGGUGGGAUGGCUUAGGCGACGCAAAAUAUGCCACUGGAGGCGGUGGUCCUGCUAGAGCCGGCUACAGAAUAGUGACUGGACUCGGGACCCAUAGCAAGAACCAAGCACCUCGGAUAGGGCCAGCUGUGAGCAAGAUGCUGAUCCGAGAAGGCUGGAAAGUGGAAAUCGGCCAUGGCGAGUUGAUUGUAACGGGCAAGGCCCGUCGCUGA